AUGGACCUCGAUUCUGGUACUUUACUCAACUCCUCCGGAGGGGAUGGCGAUAUUGGAUUCAAAUUGCAGUACUUUUACCAGAUCUCAUGCCCUUCAUUGGCCAACUAUGAUAGCCAGCGUUUCUGGAAUCAACUGGUGGCACAGGCAAGCCAUGCUGAACAGAGUGUUCACCAUCUCGUCCUCGCCAUCGCCUGUCUGGACUAUCACGACCGCACUAAGCAUUCCGUCCCCUUUGACAAUGUAUCUUUUGCUCGACACUAUGUUCAAGGCCUCACCCUCCUCCAUCGCUCAGAUGUGAGUGUAGAAAUCCUCCUCAUCGGUGCUCUUCUCCUCAUUAUCUGCGAUGAGAUGAGGAACAAUCCUUACGCAGCCGUGCAACAUAUCAUCGCUGGGCAGAAGAUCCUCAACGCCUACAGACCCGGUACCUUAAGAUUCUGCCGCCCGACUGUCCAGCAGGUUGUACCCAUCUUUUCCAGCCUCGCCCCUUAUCCCGGACAGUGCCGCCCUUACUCUCAGCAUCGACGGGCAGCGGAAAACUUGUCCCCAGGAACACCCAAGGUGCUCGACCACAAGACUCGAAGACACCCUGUGAAAGCAGGAUUCAAAUCCAUAGGUGAAGCCCUACAUGACCUCAAAUGCCUGAUCCCUCAAUGCUUGCAAGCUCAACCAUACUGCUCCCCGCCGUCCACCAGGUUUCAUGUUGUUCCCAUUGUGACAUCCAGCCUGAACACGUGGGCCACGGAUUGGGAUGGUCUGCUGCAGCGGAUGGGGGACGAAGUUUCUCAUUACCAGGAGAUCAUCAAAUACCUGGAUGUCAUCCAUCGCUGCUUGACCGUCAUGUCACGCUGCGUCCCGUUUGACGACGAAUCACUCUUCGACAAAUAUCUGCCCAACUUCGAAUACAUCUUGCUUACAGCCGGUCAGAUGACCUCCCCAUCCGUUUAUGACCUGGUCCCAUCGUUCUUUUUCGCCGCCACCCGCUGUCGAGAUCCCGCGCUGCGUCACCAAGCCAUCACCGCCUUACACAAUUGCGCAUGGGAGGGUCGCAGACUGGCCACAAUAGUCAAGCAAAUCUCAAGCAUCGAGGGGCAGGGUUUAAGCGAAGUCAUAACAUGCGAGGAUAUUCCCCACGGGAGCCGGGUGGUCAUUCUGGGCGCUGACAUCUCUGACGAUUCGACCAUCGUGCUGACCUUAAAGAGGAAACAACCCGAUGCAAAAGCCUACACCACUUUCCAAUAUCCUCUUGUGGGAUCGGAGUUUGACGGUGACGCUGCCGUCUCCCAUGCACUUGUUCAACUAAUUCGACGGACUGUGAACUUCGACUUGACCUUCACCGCCGACGCACCGGAGUGUGAGAUGGCUUGGUAUCACGACAAGAGUGGCCCCUUUAACUCACAAUCCCUGUCAAUAUCCCCGAUGCCGCCAGGAGUGACUUUACUGUCUCAGAAGGAAUCCCCUGAAUCUAAUAAGUCUGCCGGCUAA